CGGAUCCAAUGCAAUACCAAAAGUCAACUUAUAGUCUCCCGCGAACAACAGGGCAAAUUGACAAUAAAGAAACAGAAAUAUUCUCUGCUCUUCCCUAAAUUCUAGGGUUCAUCCACGAUCCCAAAAUCAAAUCAAGCACUGUCUACUUCACUCAAUCUUCUUAACAAAACCAGCAAAACCCAUAUGUUAACUCUCUGAAUUUGAUCCAAACAGCUCCCAUGGACAGAAUCAGCUGCUUACCUAACGACGUCCUCUGUCACAUCCUAUCGUUCCUCCCAACCAAACAUGCUGUUGCGACUUCAAUUCUUUCUUCAAGAUGGGUAAAUUUAUGGGCUUUUCUUCCAAUUAUAGAUUUGGACAAUUCUCUUUAUCUAAACCCGUUAAAAAGAGAGUCGAAUUCAGUCCUUUUUUUCGACUUCGUUGAAAGGGUUUUGUCUCUUAAUAAAUCGCAAACUGUUGUUAAGUUUCGUCUUCAUAUAAAUGAUUCUUGUGGUCAGAGUAUGUCCAGGAUUAAUGGGUUUAUUCAUAAUGUUAUCUCUAGAAAUAUUAUCGAAAUUGAUUUGGGAAUUUUUCUAAAUUUCCCGUUGGAUGACGACUGCUUAAAAAUUUCAAAUAGUCAAUCUUUACAAUUGCUCAAGAUCAGAAGCGAUAAUGGUCUAAAGAUGCCCGCCUUUUCUGGUUGUUUUCCAAGCCUUACAGUGUUCGAUGUUAGGGUUUCGCUUUAUGAAUCGGGUGAAGAUUUGAUUACAAAACUGUUUCCUUGUCUAUCUGUUCUUGAGAAAUUGUCUCUCGUUGGGGAUUUAACAGAUUGCACUGGAGAAAUUUACUUCAAUAUAAGUGGAACUGCUUUAAAAAGUUUGGAAUUGGAGUUAUUGGUUGAUAAUUACGAUGAUUGUGAUGCAAUGGUGGUCAUUGACGCACCUCAUUUAGAGUAUCUUCGUCUUCAAGAUGGGUUUCUUGCAUCCUAUUUGGUGAAAAACAAACCUGCAAUUAGUGAAGUUAAUCUCGAUGUUGGAGACUAUGAUGAAGAGUUUCUUGAGUUUUUAGAUGAGGUGGGUCCCACACGACUUAGCCGAGUUAAUGAGCUUUUACACAAUUUGGUUAAUGCUAAGUUUAUAUCGGUUUCUGCACGCACUUCAAAGGUAAUUUUUUCACAAAAGUGGAAUCUACCUGUGUUGCCAUCUUUGAUGAAAUUAGAACUAUCUGUGCAUACUACAAGUUGGAUCUUGCUGUUAUUUUGGCUUGAAAGUUGCCCAAAUUUGAAGGUUCUUUCUUUGAUAAUAAAGGAGAAACCAAUGGAAGAUUUUGACAUGAUAGAAGAACUUGAGUUGGCUGAGCCGGAUCAUGUGCCAUCAUGCUUAACAUUACGCAUAAAAGAGAUUGAAAUCCAAAGGCUUGGGAAAGUUGAAGAAGAAGAAAUGUUGAAAUAUCUUUUGGAUAAUGCAAAAGCUUUAGACAAAUUCACAGUUAAUACUCGUGUUUAUAUUAAGGAUGGUAUCCUACAAUGAAUGUCGUUCAAGUAAUGUAACAAAAAAAUGUAUAAAUUUUGGAAGGUUUUGAUUGAUGAUUUGGUUUGGAACUA